AUGGCACUCGCGCGCACCCUCGCGCACUCGCACAUCCGCACCCUCGCUCUCGCACGCGCGCCCCAACUCGUCCACCGCGCCGUCGCGUCCUCGUCCCCCUUCCCCGCCGCCCGCGCCCUCUUCUCCACCACCCACCAGGCCCAGUUCCCGCCCGCCUCGUCUGGUGAGUCAAAGCCAGCGAAGAAGAAGGAGACCACCAACCUCGCAAAGAGCGCCGGGUCCGGGCAGGGCUCGCGCGCAGACAGGGACAGGGCAAAGAGGGAGCGCGAGAAGGAGCGCGACAGGAAGCGCGCUGCCCGCAAGGCCGCCGAGAAGAAGGCCGCCCAGGCGCGCAAGGAGCGCGAAGAGACGCGCAAGGCCCAGGCCAAGCUCAGGAAGGAGCGCGAGCAGGAGCGCAAGCACAAGGCCGCCGAGCGCGAGAAGGAGCGGCGCGAGAGGGCCCGCCUCCUGGCCCAGCGCAAGAAGGACAAGGCCCACGCAGAGCAGAACAAGCUCCGCUCCAGCCUCAAGCCCCCCAAGCGCGUCACCAACAAGUGGCAGAUCUUUGUCAACGAGUUCAUCCAGGAGCGCAAGGCGUCGCUCCCGGCGGGCAGCAAGAUGCCGACGAUCCCGACGCUCGUCCCCGAGGCCAAGCUCAAGUACUCGCAGCUGUCGUCCGCCGAGCUCUCGGCGCUCGAGCAGCGCGUCGACCAGGCUCGCGCCAACUACGAGCGCGAGCUCGCCGAGUGGCAGAAGACGCUCACGCCCGAGAUGAUCCGCGAGGAGAACCUCGUCCGCUACAGGCGCCGUCGCGCCGGUCUCUCGCGCAAGGCCAACCUCCACAUCCCCGGAGAGCCCAAGAGGCCCAUGACGCCCUUCUUCCGCUUCUGCACCGAGGUCCGCGAGAGGCAGGACCGUGACGUCCUCGGCGACGAGACCGUCAUCACCGAGCAGUCGAAGCUCCUCGCGCGCGCGUGGAAGGCCCUCUCGCCCGAGCAGAAGAAGUCGUACGAGGACGCGUUCAAAGCUGACAACGAGCAGUACAAGGCGGCCAAGGCCAAGUUCGACGCGCAGGCUGCUUCGGCCUAA